AUGGAGGCCAACGCUCAGCCUCAAGACCACACCCUAGAAUGGUGGGUGCGGCAGGCGCUCGAGGGGGGAGAGGAGGUGGGCAGCAGCCAGGUCGCUCGGGCCUUCCUUCUCUUCAAGCUUGCGAGCGACCCUUCGAGCCGGGCUGAUGUCGCCGGCAGCCUGGCCGACGAGCUGUGCACCGCGAUCGUGAAUGCCCUCUACCGCCAGAGUGAAGCAAGGGAACGAGGAGAGGCGAUGACCGACGAAGUGGCUGCAGCCAGGGAGACGCAGCUGGCCGAUCUGCUCCUCUUCUGCCCAUUCGUGGCGUCCUCCCUCGAAAGCGACACGCUGCUGGAACUCUCCGACGCCAUUCUCAGGAGCAAAUGGGUUACGCCCGAGGUGAAGGUGACGCUGCUCGACUGCGUCCCGAGUCCCAUCUGGGUCGAGGGCCUCUCGACGUCGCUCAUCGAGAAUGAGCCGAACGACAAGGCGCGCGCUUGUGCGGCCCUCAAGCUCGACCUCCGGUUACGUAACGCCUUCCCCAUCAGAACGUGUCCAGAUGAGACAGUGGAGGAGGACCAUCAGCAGGUGUUGUACUUUCUCGAGGACGUGUGGGCGGCGGCAGACUCAGAGUCGUUGUUGCCAAACGCGGGCGUGCUCACCAAGACAGCGCUGGCCCUCAUGGCCCUGCAGCGCCUGGCCAAGCCGCCGAUAUCGUCAAUCGUCCACGCGCUCUCCGUGAUUGCCGACGACACCGCCGUGGUCGCCGCUUGGGCUGCUUUUCCCGGUUCGUUUUUUCCCUUUUAUUUUCUCAUUCAGUUUUAUAUUAUUUUAUUUAUUUGGCAUUUUUCUCCUUUAUUAUGA